AUGGCUGUGCUUCUUGUACUCUUGUUUCUGGUUUUGGGCUUCAUCGGCUACGUAGCCUACGUGAUCCGGCAGAAGGGCAUCGAUCCCAAGGACAUUCGCAUCCACAGCCUGCAGGAUGCCAAAAAGCUUCUGCAGCCGCCGGCAAGCGGCCAAGGACCGCACAGAUACCUUGAAAAGAGGGCUUAA